UUGAUGACGUGACUUUGGACGGAAGAUCUUUGGACAGUCUACGUGUCACUGACCUGAGGACGGCGCUAGAAGAGCGUGGACUACCGAAAAGCGGUCAGAAGAACGCUCUCUUAAAACGGCUUAAAGGGAUAUGGAGUUCCCUUACAUUUGGAGCAUAUGCAAUUUAUCCUAACAAUACAUAAUGAUUCAGGAAGAGAGGAGCCAAGCGCUGAGGAACUUACAAACCAGAGGACUGAUAUUUUCACUCUCUUCCAUCUAGAAAGGCACUGUUCAGUGUAUGAUGUAACGAAGUCAAUACAAGGCUCUGAUGUUGGAGGACCUCCAGAAGCACUCUUCUCCACACACUGGUUUCCAGCCCAACUCACAGAUGGGCGAGGAGAUGGGACAGAACAGUUUUAUUAAGCAGUAUCUGGAGAAACAACAAGAACUGUUGCGACAGCGUUUGCAGAAAGAAGCCCGGGAGGCAGCAGAGACUGAAGAGCAGAUGGUGGAGUCUGAGGAUGAGGGGCUUCAGACUGACAUAAUUCCAGAACACCCCGAAUCACUUCACACAGUUCUGAAGGUGCCAGAAGUGGAACAAGGAAAGCGAACACCAAAAAAAUGCAGACUUGUAUUGGAAGAGCCUGAAGAAUUUGAUGAAGAACGUCCUCGAAAGCGUGAAAGGAGAUCAUCCCGCGUAAAACAGGCUAAAAUCCCAAAGUCUCCUGUAUUGGAAAAGGCAGUGUUGGAAUCAGAGCAACGCAGGCCAUCCACAAGGGGACGGAGAUCUAAAGGAGAUGCAGUCCUUGAAAAGGAAGAACCAGAGGAGGCAGGAGAGGAAGAGAAAGAAACAGAAGAGAAGGAAAUAAAAACAACAAAGGAUGAAGAUGAUCUUCCCAAAAGAAGACGAUUGUCUACAAGGGCCGUUACCCCUCUGCAGCAUAAAAGAUCACCUGGAGUCAAGCAAUCACCCGCUCCUCCAGAAUUAUUGGAGAUCAGUUCCAGAUCCACAUCGCUUGAGACAACAGAUGAACGAGUGCCCCCAUUGUUACCCAUAGAAGAGAUGAAGCAACAAUUCCCUACUGAAAAGCAGGACAAAGCAUUGUCUGAAAAAUCAGGACCCCCUAUGCCCACAGAAGAUGCAAAGGUCCUCCGAUCUCCCCACAAGUGGAGACGACAGGCUCGGGAAAAGGCAGAAAGGGGUUCAGAACUAAUAUCACAUCUCCACCAAGAAAUAUCUGUUAUCCAGCCAACCUCAAAUUGGCGCCAAGAGUCUGAUAAGCCUAAAACAAAAAAACAUACAUCACCAUUAGGAGAAGAAAAAGUAAGUAGUCCUAUUGGUACAAAAAUUGGUUCUACACCAAAAGAUGUAAAAGGUAGCCCUGCUCUAGUUUUAAUUAGACCUGCUGUUUUUGGAAACUUAGAAGGAAAAAGAGCUGCCGGAAGCCAAAGUCUGCAUAUAGUGGAGAAGUCAGCAGGAAGAGGUGUACAGGCCAUGUCCAUAUUGGAGAAGCAAGAGCCAUCACCUCAUUCAGUUGUUCAUGAAGACAAUAAAUCUUGGAGUGUUCCAGGGCAUAUGUCUGAAAUUAAGUCAUUGACUGACUUAAAUAAACCAGGAUUUAAGAAGUCAGAUAUGAAGCCAUCAUUGGAUGUCAUUAAUAUUCCUGAAUCUGACAAUCUACAUGAAAGUUCUUUAGUUGGUUCUGCUUGCACAAAUAAAGUUAAAAGACUGAAAAGUAGGACAUCUGUUGGUGCUAGCAACCAAAAUGAAUCAGUCACAGUGAAAUCUAGGCACAUUUCAAAACGACACAACCCAUGUGAGACAGAGAUACCAGAAGUAGUCAAAGAGUCCCCUGAAGUAAACCAGAAAAAACAACUCCGCUCCAGAUCUAAAAAACAAAAACCUAAUGAGAAAUUCAGUGAACCUUCUAAAAAAAAGGAGAAAGAACUGACUUAUGCAAAUGAGGUCCAGAAUAUCAGUGGCUUAGAGAGGCCAGUAACUAAAUCUGUUCAAAGUUCAGAAGAGUUAAUGGAAGUAACACAAUUAGAUAAUCUGGCUGCAACUGUUACAGAACAAUCAAAGGAGAAAACUGUAGAAACACAAAUAGAAAAUGUAGAAGAUUCUCAGUUUAGUGACCACUGUGCACCUGAUCCAGAAAUAACACUAGAAAAGGUGGAACAAAGACAUUUAGGUGACCACUUUACUCCUGCUCCAGAAAAAACACCGGAAAAGGUGGAAGAAAGACCUUUAGAUGACCACCGUACCCCUGUUACAGAAAUCAUAAAGCAAAAGGAAGAAAUAUAUUUAGAUGACCACUGCAUACCUGAUCCACAAAUGUUGCCAAAAAAGGUGGAACAAACUCAUUUAAGUGACCGCUGUAGACCUGCUCCAAAAAUUUCAAAGGAAAUGGUGGAAAAAUCAUAUGUUAAUUUUCACUGUGUCCCUGAUCCAGAAAAAAACGUGGGAAAUGUUGAAAAGGCAGAAGAUCGCUUUGCAUCUUUUCCAGAAUCAUUACAUGAAAAGGUUGAAGAAACAGAAUUAGAUGAUAUCUGUGCAGAUAAUGUUGAAGAAUCCGAGAAAAACAGUGAAGAAACUCAAUUAUUUGACUCUUGUGGAACUCAUGUGGAAGAAUCGGAAGAAAACAGGCUAAAAACACAGUUAGUUGACUUCUGUGCACCUGAUGUUGUUAAAGAAUCAGAAGAAAAAAGGAAAGAAGCACAAUUAAUUGAUAUCUGUGCGCCUGAUGUUGAAGAGCUGGAGAAAUUUAGGGAAGAAGCUCAAUUAAUGGACAUUAAAGCACCUAAUGUGGGAGACGUAGAGAUAUAUCCUCAAGAAACUCAGAGUAUUGAGACUUGUGCACCUGAUGUGGAAGAAUCUGAGGAAAAUAGGGAAGCAAAACAGUUAACAAAUAUUUGUGCACCUGAUGUGGAAGAAUCUGAGGAAAAUAGGGAAGCAACACAGUUAACUGAUAUCUGUGCACCUGAUGUGGAAGAAUCUGAGGAAAAUAGGGAAGUAACACAGUUAACAAAUAUCUGUGCACCUGAUGUGGAAGAAUCUGAGGAAAAUAGGGAAGCAACACAGUUAACAAAUAUCUGUGCACCUGAUGUGGAAGAAUCUGAGGAAAACAGGGAAGCAACAAAGUUAACUAAUAUCUGUGCACCUGAUGUGGAAGAAUCUGUGGAAAACAGUGAAGCAACACAGUUAACAAAUAUCUGUGCACCUGAUAUGGAAGAAACUGAGGAUAGCAGGGAAGCAACACAGUUAACCAAUAUAUGUGCACCUGAUGUGGAAGAAUCUGAGGAAAACCAGGAAGCAACACAGUUAACUAAUAUCUGUGCACCUGAUGUGGAAGAAUCUGAGGAAAAAAGGGAAGCAACACAGUUAACUAAUAUAUGUGCACCUGAUGUGGAGGAAUCUGAGGAAAACCAGGAAGCAACACAGUUAACUAAUAUCUGUGCACCUGAUGUGGAAGAAUCUGAGAAAAAUAGGGAAGCAACACAGUUACCUAAUAUCUGUGCACCUGAUGUGGAAGAAUCUGAGGAAAACAGGGAAGCAACACAGUUAACAAAUAUCUGUGCACCUGAUGUGGAAGAAUCUGAGGAAAACAGGGAAGCAACACAGUUAACUAAUAUCUGUGCACCUGAUGUGGAAGAAUCUGAGGAAUACAGGGAAGCAACACAGUUAACUAAUAUCUGUGCACCUGAUGUGGAAGAAUCUGAGGAAAACAGCGAAGCAACACAGUUAACUGAUAUCUGUGCACCUAAUGUGGAAGAAUCUGAGGAAAACAGGGAAGCAACACAGUUAACAAAUAUCUGUGCACCUGAUGUUGAAGAAUCUGAGGAAAUCAGGGAAGCAACACAGUUAACAAAUAUCUGUGCACCUGAUGUGAAAGAAUCUGGGGAAAAUAGGGAAGCAACACAGUUAACUAAUAUUUGUGCACCUGUUGUGGAAGAAUCAGAGGAAAGGGGUAAAGGAACACAAUUAGGUGGCAUAUGUGCAAUUGUUGUUGAGGAAUCAGCGGAAAAGAGGGAAGAAGCACAGAUCACUUUUUGCUCUGCACCUGAACUGGAAAAAAGAGAGGAACAUAUGGAUGAAGAACAAUUAGUAAAUAGUUGUAUACCUGAUCUAGAAACAUUUGAGGAAAAAGUGGAAGAAAGAGAAUUAAGUGACCAAUGCAAACCUGAUCUGGAAGCAACAGAGAAAAGGGCAGAAGAAGUGGAACUAUAUGAAAGUGUGAUUAUUUCUGAAAGAUCAGAGAAAAAAAUAAAAUUAGUUGAUAGCUGUGAACUUAAUCAAGAGCAAUCAGAUUUAAAGGCAGAGGUAAUCCAAGUAAAUGACAACAUUGAAUUUUUAAAGGAAAUAGCAACGGUACAUUCUGAAGUAACACAGCCAGAUGGUGACUAUGCACUUAUAGAAGAAUCCAAAGAAGUGGCAUCUGUUUCAGUUAUGCCAGCCAAUAUAGUAAAUGAUGUAAUUUUGUCUGUAAACCAAACAUCCAGUCUGGCUGAAGAUGAGACAUCAAUGCAGCUACAGAAAUCGCCUGAUUCUUUGUCACAAGAAAAAGAUACAUUAGUAAUACAAGAAACUCCAGACGUGGCAGUUCAAGAAAUGUCCUCAGAACAAGCUACAAAUGAUCAUGACUCUUCAAACUUGGUAAUAUCGCCCAGUACAGUAGUUUCUGAUGGUGCCCCUAAAGCUAAUGUGUAUGAUAUGCCAGUGGAUAAAACAGUUAUCCCUUAUGACACAUGUGCAGAUGUUGUUAUGACAGAAGAAAUGAAUAAGACUUCUGUAACUCCAGAGCAAAGUUUAACUGCCAUUUCAGGUAGCCAAGAGGCUAUAUUGUCUGAGACAGCAGAUGAUGGAAAAUGUGUAGAAAAAGAAAAACAUGUUGAAGCUACAGAAAUUUUGCAGAAGUCUUUAAGUUCUAUGACUCCUAUAAUAACCAAAGAACAUGAUGCACAACUGAAAAACAUUUUAAAUACAGUAAAUACUAAUGAAACCACAGAUGAGAUAAACCAAGUGUUUUCAUCAGCAAACAGAGACUCUGAUUUUGUCAGUAAUGUUCCCGAACAAUUACAUCUAGAAGAUAAGGUUCUUAGUAGUGAGAUAACUCAUAAAACCUCUGUAAUUAUUCAUGACAUUGCUGGGCUGGUAACAUUAGAGGAAAAUAAUCCUGCUGUUGUUCAAGAAACAUCCAAGCUUAUUGAAUUAGUCCAUGAUAAACCUAAUGAAUCUGAAACUGCUGAGCACACUUUAUUUAGAAUUCCAGAGAGCAAAUUUAAAAUGUGUGCAGAUGAAAGUCCUAUGGGUAUUCAGGAAACUACUGAAACCAUGAUGCCAAAAGAUAUGGUAUCUUUAACUACCAACUACCAAGGUGAAGAAACCUCAGAAAUUGAGAAUGCUCUGGAUAAAAGUAUUACAAAUAUUCAAAAACCUUCUGAUCUACAAGGUGAAUCUGUUGAAUUAGAGAUUCCAUUAGAGGGGUCCAAAUUGUGCGUCCAAAAAACCCAUGAAGUGCAGAAAAGAGAUGAGCCUGAAGCUAGUAAUAAAACUCCAGGUGGAAUUUUAGAGGUAGAACUUCCAGCAGCUGAACCUGUUGUGUCCACUGUACCUGAUUCAAAAGUAAUGAAACCCUUAGGGUUAUCAAUUUCUCAUCUACAAGAAGUAGUAGUUAAGGAACAUUUUGCAUGUCCUGUUUUUUCGCCUGAUGGUGAGGUGGUUACUGCAGAUUCACUCAUAGCAAUAGAGGAACAGCAGACUUUAAGUACAGAAGCCAUAGAGAAAUCUACAGAGAGAACUCCCUCAGGGAAUCCUGUGGAUAUACCAAUAAAAGCAUCUCCGGCUUCUAUCCUUGAAAAUGUGAGAGGGACUAAUGAAAGUAAUGAAAGAAAGGCAUCUGAAACCAACGGAUCCUUUCUGUCAGUAGCACAAACGGAAGAAAAAUUAGGCACUCAGCACCAUGACACGACUACUGAGGGAUCUUUAGUAUAUCCAGUUACAAGUGAGCCACUUAUUAUCGAAGACAAAAAAGCUGCAGAACUGAUGGAACUGCAAAAAUCUGCAAAUGAAGGAAAUCCAGAGGGUCUUGUAAGAAAAUUACAACGUACAAGGACUUCAUCAUCGUCCUCCUCAUCCUCUACUACUUCUUCCUCAUCCUCUUCCUCCUCUUCUUCCAACUCAUCAUGCUCUUCCUCUGAAAGAUCCUCGCAUUCCAGGCAUAGCUCAAGAUCUAGAUCCUCUUCUGUAGCAAGGCACAGCAGAUCGUCUCGCUCUUCAUCUUCAUCAUCUUCAUCAAGGUCAUCAUCUUCACACAGUGACAAGGUUGAUGGGAGUAGUGUAAGUACAUCCUUAAAAAAUUCCCCGGAACCAUUGUCUGCUCAAGUUCAAUCCCCUCCAGUUCAGGACACAUUAGAGCCACUGCCAAGUACAUCCCCACCUUUGCCAUCCAAGCCAGUUAGUCUACAGCAAAAUCGGACUCCUCCAAGGGACUCUUCUUUUCAUCAAGACCGUGGGGAGUGCAGACAGACUAAGACAACCCUAGUGAAUCUAACUAAUCAAGAACAUUCUAAGACAAUGAAAAUAGAACCAGAGUCUGAAGAUCAGGACCAAAAAAAUCCAGCCUCCAUGGAGCAGAAGAUUGGAGAGGAGACAAGUCCAGGAGACAGCAAAGUUGCCCCAGAGAGAGAGGACGUGGUUAUGGAAGCAACAGAUAGUCAAACAGAAAGCGAGCCCCAAGAGGCUGCACCUGCCCAACCAUCAGAAGAGCGUUCAGAGGGGGAUGACAACAAAGAGAGUACAACUCCACUGCGAACUUUCAAGAGGAAAAUUUCAGUUAUAUCAGCAGCAAAGUGUUCCAGUCAGACUUCGGCAGCCUCAGCCACAAAUAGUGAUGGUGAAGGAGCUCACCCAGCUAGACGCAGACGUUGGGGAGCCAGCACAGCAGCUACCCAGAAAAAGCCAUCUAUUAGUAUAUCUACUGAAUCAUUAAAGAGUCUAAUCCCAGAAAUCAAAGAGAUUAAACAGGAGGCAAUAGUGGAUCUUCAUGCUGAUGACACUCACAUUUCAGAAGAUGAGAGUGAGAGAAACGGAGAUGAAAACUCACAUGAUAAGGGCCUGAAGAUCUGCAGGACAGUCACACAGGUGGUGCCCGCUGAGGUUCAGGAGAAUGGGCAGGAUGGAGAAGAGGAGGCAGCAGAAGCUGCUGUUCCCGAACCAGAUCCUAUUCCCAUGGAGACAGAUGUUGUUGUUGUUGUUGCUGCACAACAACCCAUUGAACAACAGGAAGAUAAAAAGCCUCUAGCUGAUAGCCCGGCACGGGCAGAAGUCAGAGUAACAUUAGGGGAUACUCUACUAAGACGUUCAAUCAGUCAGCAGAAGACAGGUGUUUCAGUUACUAUAGAUGACCCUGUACGCACUGCGUCUCAGCUUCCUUCACCCCCUCGACGUAAGAUCAGCUGCAUCGUGCACAUCUGUAAUUUGGUCCGACCUUUCACUCUGGGACAAUUGAAGGAGUUGCUGUCUCGAACAGGGACACUAAUAGAAGAACAUUUCUGGAUAGACAAAAUUAAAUCACACUGUUAUGUCACGUACCCCACUGUAGAAGAAGCAGUUGCUACCAGAAACUCUCUGCAUGGCGUCAAGUGGCCUCAGUCCAAUCCCAAAUUCCUUUCUGUGGAUUUUGCAGAACAAGAUGAGCUUGACUUCCACAGAGGGCUUUUGACUGAGCGUCCUCCAGAACCCAAACAAGAGGAGCCACCACGUUCACACAUGCCUGCACCAAGGGGUGAACACAGGGAUCAUGACCGAGGAGUGCGAGAGCAGUGGGCAGAAAGAGAAAGAGAGAUGGAGAGGAGGGAGCGCACACGUUCAGAGAGAGAGUGGGACAGAGACAAGAUCAGAGAAGAUCCCAGAUCGCGUUCUCGAGACCGUCGGUGCAAAGAGCAUGCCAAAUCAAAAGAGAAGAAAAAUGAGAAAAAAGAAAAGGUACAAGAGGAACCUCCUGCAAAACUAUUGGAUGACUUGUUCCACAAAACCAAAGCUGCUCCCUGUAUAUACUGGCUGCCCCUCACUGAAGAUCAGGUUUUAAAGAAGGUUGCGGACAGGGCAGAGAGAGCAAAGGAACGAGAGAAACGUCGAAAAGAGCAAGAGGAGCAGGAAGAGGAGGAGAGGAAAGAGCGAGCAAAAGAGAGGGAAAAGGAAAUGGACAGAAGUCGGGAAAGAACACGUGAGGCUGAGAAAAGAAGGGAACACAGUCGAGAGCACCCUCGGGAGAGAGAUAGGCGGGAACAGAAGCGGCACAGCCGUAGUCGUAGCCGGAGCACACCUGUGAGAGAUAGAGGUGGCAGGCGCUGACUUCAACUUGCUUACAUUACUGGCCAGUCCAUCGUGGAAGGUGGUUAAAAGUGCCAUACUCUCUAGCCAUGUGGCUGGAGGAGUAAUGCACUGUAGACCUCAAGAGGAACAGGUUUACUUAACUCUGCAGGACAUGUUUUAGCCUCUGCGCUGCCAAAGGAAUCCUGCAGCCUUACAGCGCUCUUAUUGGUAAAUCUUUUUUGUUAUAUAUAUUUUUUUCCAUUCUUCAGUUUAAACUCUUGAUUCCACACUUACCAGAUAAAUACGUGCAAGGAUUUGUUGCUGCUGGACUCCACAUCUGGAGCAUUUGUGCAAUGAGGGUUCCCAUGCCCCCCAAAUCCCCUUAACCUUCUGGCUGCCAGAAUGGCAGGGGGAAAAAAGGAUUACUUCCCUGCAAGGAUGCCAGAAGCGGCAUCUUGUUUAAACCUAUUUUGUUUAUAUUUUUUUUAAUAUUAUAAAUGAAGUGGAGUAUCAGAGAAUAAAAAUCUGCGUUAGUUUUA